CGAUGCUACUGCCCCCCGCCGCGCAAUGUUCUGUCGCCAUCGCCCCGCUGCGCAUGCGCGGGGGAGGCGGGCGUCCCCGGCGGAGGCGAGGGCUGUGCGGCGUGCGGGCAGCGGGCAGUUAUGGGCGAUGAGUCAACAAUGUAUUUGCUGGACCAAGGAACUACUAAAACAUAUCAAAUACCUAUUGGUCAUCUCGACUACAAGUUCAUUGAAAAAUGUACAGACGUUAAACACCUGGAAAAGAUUCUCAGGGUACUAAGGUCUGGUGAAGAGGGAUGUUAUCCUGACUUGAUGUUGUUUUGCGAAAAGCGUAUUGAGCAUUUAGCUCCAGGGAGCAGAGUUCUCAGAAAAGAUAAGCCUGCAGCCACAGCAGCUGAUUUUACAGCUGAAGAAUGGGAAACGAUUAAUGGUGAACUGAUGAGCUGGGUUGCAGAAAUGAAUGAAGAUGAUAAUAAACCACAGUUUUUGAAAACAGGCACACUGCAUGAAGGACAAGAUAACUUGCCUCCUAUUCGUUGUUCCAGCAGCUGUCUUCCUGCUUCCCAGAACAAAAAGGUACAAAACAAACAAAGAAAUAAGAAAAACAUACCACGGGAUUACAGUGAAUGGGAUAAGUUUGAUGUGGAAAAGGAGUGUUCUAAAAUUGAUGAAAGCAGUGAAGAAAAUAACUCAAAAGCAAGAUUCUGUAGUAGACCAAGUCUACCUCUUAUUGAAAAGAAAGUAAACACAACCGGCAUGACAAAGAAAGAGAAGAUCCUUAUUGCUACUCGGGAAAAAGAAAAGGGCAAUGAAGCCUUUGCCAGUGGAGAUUAUGUGGAAGCAGUGACAUAUUAUGCUCGGAGUAUAUCUGUACUACCCACUGCAGCUGCAUACAAUAACAAAGCUCAAGCAGAAAUCAAACUUCAGGACUGGGACAAUGCCUUGCAGGAUUGUGAGAAGGUGCUAGAUAUAGAACCUGGCAAUGUAAAAGCUCUGAUGCGCCGUGCCACUGUUUACAAUCAGCUGAAGAAUUACCAGGCAGCUGUGAAGGAUCUGAACACAGUAUUAUGCAUUGAACCAGAAAAUGCUGUAGCUAAGAAAAAUCUGCUAGAGAUUGAAAAGAAACUGAAAGAAUUAGAGCCUGUAUAUAAGACUGAAGGCAGAGGAAAAAGAAUACUUAUUCAAGAUGUAGAGGAUUCAGAAGUUGAUGAAGAAAGAGGGGAAAAUGCAGAAGAAUGUGGAAGAAGCAGCAGAGAUAAAAAAAUUGUCCUGCCAGUAAGAGGCGAGUCGGCUUUGGGGAAGGCUGAGAUGGGGAAUGCACAGAGAAAGUUUCACAGCAAAGGAGGUGGCUCCAAGUUGGAAGACAGAGAGGCCCAGAAGCAGAAGGAAUCAGCUGAGAGUGGAUUAAAAAAAGGCACAGCAGAGAAAAAAUCACAGAAAACAGACCAUGAAAGUGAAGCCAAUGGUUAUUUAAACAGCAACCAAACAAGUGAAAGCCCUGAAGCCGGCCAGUCCUCCAGAUUGCAUGAAGCAGGGUCCCUGUCAGCUGGUGCUGCCCAUUCGACUUCGCUUCCUCCAGCUGCUGCAAAACUGAAAAGUGAAGGAAACGAGUUAUUUAAGAGUGGACAGUUUGGAGAAGCUGUGCCCAAAUACUCGGAAGCAAUUGAAUAUGUCAUCAGCGUCGGAGAACGAAGUCCAAAUGAUUUAAGUAUCUUGUACUCAAACAGAGCAGCAUGUUACUUCAAAGAAGGCAACUGCAGUGACUGCAUUCAAGAUUGUAACAGAGCUCUGGAGCUUCAGCCAUUUUCCCUUAAGCCUCUUCUACGACGAGCAAUGGCAUACGAGUCUAUGGAGCGGUAUCGACAGGCGUAUGUUGAUUACAAAACAGUUCUACAAAUAGACAGCAGCAUACAAGCAGCAAAUGAUAGUAUUAACAGAAUAACGAAGACUUUAAUUGAUCAAGAUGGUUCUAGUUGGAGGGAAAAACUGCCACCGAUUCCAGUUGUCCCUGUUGCUGCUCAGCUACACAGAUGGGAUGGAGGAAACUUUACUUCAGAGGUUAAGCCAAGAAGUACCGCAGAUAUCAACAAAGAACAGUUGCAGAUGAAUCGUGAGAAAGCUGAGGAAAAGUUCAGGACAUUAAAAAACGAAGGGAAUGAUUUUGUGAAGAAGGGUAAAUAUGAUGAAGCUGUAAAUAAAUACAGUGAAUGCUUGAAGUUGAAUACCAAGGACUGUACAAUCUACACUAACAGAGCUCUCUGUUACUUGAAACUGUAUAAAUAUGAAGAGGCUAAGCAGGAUUGUGAUCAUGUUCUUCAAAUAGAAGAUUCUAAUAUUAAAGCUUUUUACAGAAGAGCACUAGCAUACAAAGGAUUACAGAACUAUGAAGCCAGUGUCGAUGAUCUCAAGAAGGUUCUUCUAAUAGAUCCACGUGUUCUUGAAGCAAAAAAUGAACUAGAGGAGAUAACCCAACUGCUCAGCCUUGGCAGCGUUGCUGUAGCUGAUUGUCAACAAAAGCAAAGGAAGAAGAUAACCAUACAAGAGGUAACUGAUGAACAGGAAGAGGGGCAGCUUGCGACAUCAGAAGACGUUGUGGCUGAUGAUGCUAGCUCUAAAGAAGCAGUUCAGAAGAGCAUGCCAUCGAACACCUGUGAAAAACUGACGAUUUCUGAACCGUCCAAUGCCUAUGACUUUGGUCAAAUUAUAAAUGCAGUGAAUGCCAAUAAGGAUCAAUCUGCUUGUGCAGAUCUUCUAACAAUUACUGAUCCAAAAAAACUGCCAGUGCUGCUAAGUAACAAACUUGAAGGAGAGAUCUUUUUGAUUUUCAUCCAGUCAUUGGAACAUUAUGUCCUUGGAAAAGAUCCCGGCCUUGUAUAUCAGCAUCUUUUCUACUUGAGCAAAGCAGAAAGAUUUAAGGUGGUGCUGGCUCUUCUCAGCAAAAAUGAAAAAGAACAGGUUCGGCGACUGUUUGAUUUGCUCAUGGAAAACCAGAACCAUCAGUUCUCUUCAGAAGAACUUGACAGCCUUAAAAAGGUCUAUGAACUUUAAGAAGUUAAAAUGCAUUUGUCGUGUGGAUAGAGUUGCUGGUUAUGAGAUAUUGUGUGAACUCUGCAAACAUGUGUGGGUUGAAGUGGGUCUCUACAUGGACUGUAUGAAUUCUAUUUUAUUUUGACAGCAUACACAUGUUUAAAACUUGCUGCUCUUUUUUUUUCUUUUGAGUUGUAUACAGUUUUAGUCUAGAAUUUAAUGCAUGUCUUUGUGUUCAGUUAUGGAGUUCAUGUUUGGCAUCCUGAUUUUAGACACAGAAAUAUAUAUUUUGCAUUUAUAUAUAGCAUGAAAUACCUUGCUGGUACAAUAGAAAUGCACUUUCAGUCAUCACAUGUUCUGUCACUCUGUGGGUUGUACGCUCUUGCGGUAAAGAAGCACCUUCAAGACAAGCGGGUCUGUUAGCAAUAGCUUUGCUAUAAAGAAUUUACAACAAGUAUCAACAUUUUUCAAAUAAACUGCACAGCCCAUCUGUUUUUCAGCCCCCCCCCCCCCCCCUCCCGGCCUGUACAAAACAGAUGUAAAUAUUUGUGGUGCUGUACAAAGACGAAUGAAUAAUAUAUUAGCUUGUCAUGGAACAUUUUGACUCAAGAUAAUUAAUUAUUAACUAGAUGGGCACUUUUUUAAAUGGCAAACAAACGAGUAAGUUUUAGUGCACAGAGAACUCUGGGUGGAAGGAUUGCUCGUUUGCACAGCUCUUACAGGAACAAAUGGCUGCAUUUAAAAAUAAAAAUCUUUAACUCCUAGUUUGUAAUUGGAUUACUUAAAAUACCAGCUACUUCUGUGUACAGGCAUAUUCCUACAGCUAAAACUAAGACUGUGUUGUGGAGCAGCUGGGUUUUCUUGCAGGCAGUACUGUGUUUUAGAUUUGAUUCUGACAAAGCUCCAGUUUUCAAGAUGAGGUGUUAAAACUUUUCACGUGCCCCAAUGCCUUCUUGGCACGUGCAGUGUAAAUUACAUCCAGCUCACAAGUGCUGCAGGAGGAUCCUUAAAGAUGUUGUUCCAAUGAAAUCUUUUCUCAGGUGAAUUAAAAAAAAUAAAUAAAAGUCUUUUUCCUGAAAA